GCAAAAGGUCAGAUCACACAUCUGUGCUCGAGCAAUGGUGAAAUGCUAUUGGUAAUUGGUGCUCGCCAGCUUCUUCAUUAUCCGCUUCAGAUUGGAAAUUUGAUAAGUUCGGUUGGCUGGAAUAUGGAACUUUCUACAGAUAACGAAACAGGCUUUAUUGUUCUUGGCACAACACGAGGUUAUAAUUUGCUCAGUGUCAUCGAAGUUUUUUCUUUCACAUUAGUAGCCUUCGCCAGCGAAUGCCAGUAG